AAGUAUUUCCACUUUACCACAAAAAUCUUUUAAUUAUUAUUAUCGUCUCUCUCUUAUUUUCUCUCCUUUGCUUCUUCUACCUGUAAUUUUUCCAGUUCAAUAACUGCCUCGACCGGUCCGAUCCCGGUCAAUUUUCACCGCCAUGAAUCCUGAAUAUGACUAUCUGUUCAAGCUGUUGCUAAUUGGGGAUUCUGGAGUUGGCAAAUCAUGUCUUCUUCUGAGGUUUGCGGAUGAUUCAUACCUUGACAGUUACAUUAGCACAAUCGGAGUUGACUUUAAAAUUCGUACGGUGGAGCAAGAUGGAAAGACCAUCAAGCUUCAAAUUUGGGAUACAGCAGGACAAGAACGAUUCAGAACCAUCACUAGCAGCUACUACCGCGGUGCUCAUGGCAUUAUAAUAGUUUAUGACGUGACAGAUCAAGAGAGUUUCAACAAUGUUAAGCAAUGGCUGAAUGAAAUUGAUCGCUAUGCAAGUGAAAAUGUAAACAAGCUUCUGGUUGGUAACAAGAGUGAUCUCACUGCAAACAAAGUUGUUUCUUAUGAAACAGCAAAGGCAUUUGCGGAUGAAAUUGGCAUCCCAUUCAUGGAGACAAGUGCGAAAAGUGCUACCAAUGUAGAGCAGGCUUUUAUGGCUAUGGCUGCUGAUAUCAAGAACAGGAUGGCAAGUCAACCAGCCGCAAACAACGCAAGGCCACCAACUGUGCAGAUACGUGGGCAGCCUGUUAACCAGAAGUCAGGUUGCUGCUCUUCUUAGUUGUCUCUUUAUUGACCCCACGUGGCAACAAAAGGAAUGACGUCUGAAUUGUCCUGAAUUAGACUAUUCCCCACAUUAAACCAUAUAAUCAUUUGCUUUGUUAGUUUGUUCUGUAUGCAAUUCAAAAGGAGUUUGAUGUUUUAAGUUUAUCUUGUUUAUUGUCCUGUACAAAAAUUAUGUCUCGUUUAAUCCUAGUAAAUGUUAUUGUCAUCAA